AUGGUGAUAAAGGUUGGAUUUUAAGGCGGAACUGGCGCCCGGAAAGUCGUGCUCCGAUUGGAAGGUGGGGCGAGUGCCCGGUGGACAAGUGCACCUUAUUCUGCACCCCGGUGCCAGCCUCGGGAACUGCACGCGGUACCCCCACCCCCAACUCCCACGCAGAUUACAGUGUGGCGUGCCGGGCUCCCCCGGCGGACGAGACUAGUGGUUCACUCCGUCCCGCCCACGCAGAGACUGCUCACUGGCUCCCAGAGCGUUUCAGGACUCUUUGGUCAGACCCCUAAAAGGAAGGAGCUUGGCCUUCGCCCUCAGACUUUCUUAAGGGUAGGGAGCGUUGUCUUCGGUUCUGCCCCCUCGCACCCAGCCCCAGACUGGCUCUCAGCCUCCACGCUCGGACUUGCGCCUAGGAACAAAUCCGAGGUUCUUGCCUUCAGACCUGGGGAGAGGUAA